AUGUCGGCUUUCAACGUCGACGCAUUUUCCAUGUCUCCCUCGACAAGAGUCCUCGCGAGAAAAAUACAUGUCAAGGGAGGUCGCCUGUGCAAGCGCGCCAAGCGGGCAAGCCACGGCGAGGACGCGGUGCGGCGGCGAUGCAACGUCGAGGUGUGGAAUGAAGAGCAAGGGAAAUAA